ACCCUGUAUAUAGUACACCCCCUGUAUAUAGUACACACCCUGUAUAUAGUACACACCUUGUAUAUAGUACACACCCUGUAUAUAUUACACACCUUGUAUGUAGUACACACCCUGUAUAUAUUAUACACCCUGUAUAUAGUACACGCCUUAUACAUCCUGUAUAUAGUACACACCCUGUAUAUAGUACAAUCCCUGUAUAUAUUACACACCCUGUGUAUAUUACCCACCCUGUGUAUAUUACACACCCUGUAUAUAGUAUACACCCUGUAUAUGGUACACACCCUGUAUAUAGUACACACCCUGUAUAUAGUACACACCCUGUGUAUAGUACACACCCAGUAUAUAUUAUACACCCUGUAUAUAGUACACCCCCUGUAUAUAUUAGACACCCUGUAUAUAUUACAUACCCUGUAUAUAGUACACACCCUGUAUAUAUUAUACACCAUGUAUAUAGUACACACCGUGUAUAUAUUACACAUCCUGUAUAUAGUACACCCCCUGUAUAUAGUACACACCCAGUAUAUAUUAUACACCCUGUAUAUAGUACACCCCCUGUAUAUAUUACACACCCUGUAUAUAGUACACACCCUGUAUAUAGUACACACCCUGUAUAUAUUACACACCCUGUAUAUAGUACAUCCCCAGUAUAUAGUACACACCCUGUAUAUAGUACACACCCUGUAUAUAGUACACACCCUGUAUAUAGUACAAAUUGAUUUGUAA